CGUGCGCCCACGUGGAGGCACGUGUCUCGGAUGUUGAGAGGUGAUGGGCCUCGUCUCUUAGCUACCUUGUCGCCUUGUGAGGGGGAUUAUUCCCUUUGUCAGCCAUGUCUUCGUUUAGCGAUAGGAUCUCGUCCUCAGAGGACUGCUCCUCUGAGGAUUCCAACUCAUCUUCCUCGACCGGGUCUUCUUCUCCUGGAUCUACGCCCGGUCAGGUUCCCCAGUCCUCUAUUCCUAACCCGCAUCCCGUUAAUCAGAUGCCCGGUGAAACCUUCGUGGGGAGGGAUGACCCGGUUCAUGACGAACCGGGUCCCUAUGAUCCCGAACACGAAACCCGGGAUGCGUGGGAGGCGCGGCUCCAUGCUGCCGGUUACUUUCCACUCCCCACCUUUUACGUUCUUGACAUCCCUUCACGCGUAUCCAAAAUCGCCCUGAACAAAAUUCGUAGGAGGCUCCCGGAUGGGUAUACCCUCCUCUACGAACCCAACUGGCCCAAUAUCGUAGAGCCCCACCGGGAGGAUAGGAUAGGGUUCCAUACCAUUUCCCUGGAUGCGGGCAUAGUUUUUCCCUUUCGCCCCCUCCUUACUGAGGGGAAGGAGAAGGCCGGUCGCCGGGUGAAGAAGGUGGCCACCACGCACCCCUCCUAUGCCAAGAAGAGGGCCCGGUCAAAUCCUGAGCCGGCCGGCCAGACCAUCGAAGAGGCCUUCGUCAACCUGGGGCUGAGGCUGAAGGAGGCGGGGGAGAUUGGACCCCUCACAGCCGACCGGCUUGGUUUAGGCUCUCCAUCGGAGUUUGCCCGGCUGAAGAAGGAGAAGGAGGAGAUGGCCCUCAUCUUGAAGAGCCAGGCCGAUGAGCUGAUCAGGCUGUCGGGGUUAGCCGGGUCCAUGAAGACCGAAAUCUCCCAGCUGAAGGAAGAGAAUGGCCGGCUCAUGGAUGAAGUCUCUGAGGCCAAGAGGGAGAUGAUGGAGAAGGAAGAAAACUUCCCCGGGCGCGCAGCCGCCUGGGUUGAGGAAAAUUAGGCCGAAGCUGCCCGGGUUCUGACGGCGAGCCCUGAAGCCACCAUGGAAUCCUUCAGGCUUCUAUACCGGG